AUGAGAGGGAGAUGUUUUAUCUUACCAAACCUCUUGACACUCCCAUACACAAACCAAGUCAUUUCUGAGACACUGAGGAUAUAUCCACCAAUAAUCUCGUUUACGUCACGGUGCCCUGACAAAGAUUAUCGCUACGGGAAAUACCUGAUUAAGAAGGGAACAUCUGUCAUGGUGCCCACAUACCAAUUGCAUCACGAUCCGAAAUAUUGGGACCAUCCUGAGAAGUUUGUACCCGAAAGGUUCAGUCCCGAGAACAAAGAUCGCAUCAACCCGACAGUUUAUCAGCCCUUCGGUCUGGGACCCCGCAUAUGCAUCGGCCAGCGUCUGGCGCAAGUAGAACUUGCUUCAGCUACUACAGAAGUCCUUCGUCAUUACCGCAUCACGCUGGGCACCUCUCAGAAGAAAGACCUCGAGCUGGACACGUACUCUCACUUGGCCGUGCCUAAGGAAGCUGUUAAAAUUCGACUACACAGGCUCAGCCGCGAGAAAUGAAUCGUCCUUUACUAUUUUCUGCCGAAAGGUGCAUACGAGCAUGAUAUGGAGAAUAACUCCUCAUUUAGAGCACAAAUCAAUAUAUGUGUACAAACAUGAUUAUUUCUUCUUGA